ACAGGUUCACACUAGAUAAAACGGACAAGUAUGAUAUGAUUUACUCAAGCAUUAAGUUUCAUAAAUAUUUGAAAUGGAUUUAUUCUGCAAACUGUGGUUUAUAUUUUCUCUAAGUAUUCCAGUUUGUUCUCAGUUUGCUGGAAUUUUAAAAGCAUCUGUUCAGAUUUAUGACUUUAUUGACUCAAUAAAUUCCAACGAUCCAAAGCCUUUAACCAAGGCUGACGCAGAUUAUAUUAUAAAAGAACUUUCUGAAGAAAUUCAAACAUCGGAGACCAAUAUAAUACGUUCCAGUGUGAUGCAGUCUCGACUUGAGAGGAUAGAUGAUGCUGUUAUUCAAAUAAAAAAUUCACUACAGGACUUGACAAACUACCUUAACUCUUCAACAUCUACAAGAGAUAGUUUCAAGUCAAUAUUUAUCGUCAAUUACGAGAACGGGGAAAUAACCAGUAAACUUCGUUUUCUACCAACGCUGCUGACGUACCAGAAUCCUGCUCAAAAGGGCACACUUCUAUCCCUACUCGCGGCCAACUCACGUUGCAUCCUUACCACUGUAGAUAUAUUUAAAACGUUUUAUAAUAAUCUCAUGUCUAGCGGCAUUAGUAUCAACGUAGCUUACGAUUUUGUGAAAUUUAAUAUGUCGAAAGAAGCUGCCCUUAAAGAGUGGAUCAAUACAUCCAGGGAUAUCGAAGAAAAGUUUCAGACGGUAGAAAAUCAUUGCCAAUCACUGUUUACAACUUAUGCCACAAAAGACCUUAAUGAAGCAGUAAGUGCGCAUGCGCUACAUAUAAAGAACAAUGCAUGGAACCCUUGGAAAAAAAACGACGUUUUCUUCUCUAAGUCUUACGGCACGCAUCAGUUCGUAUAUCUUGAAUACGAGGACGAUACAGUCAUUUGGCAGAGAACAGAUACUAACGAUAAAGUUGCAGUUUUCUAUCAACCAUAUUUAUAUGAAUACAGGCUACCGUCAAACAUUCUGACAGAUUCAACCGAGCGCUUUAGGAGUACCAUCGAUGGUGAAGAUGACGAUUCUGCCGCAAAACAUGUCGCACAGUCUGUCGAAAAUAUGCUGAACCAAGACGGCUACAUUGUUGAAUCCUUGGUUGUUUUAUUUGACGACGGAGAAAGCGAAGAGGCCUUAGAUAUUGAUACGCCAGCUGUAAAAGCCACAAUAGACGACGUGAAGUUAACUUAUUGCUACGAAAAUCGUGUACAAUGCUCUAUUGAUGUCUUGGACAGCACUAAAUCAGCAAGCGGAAGUUUCAAAAUUUACGUCUACGCACAUUAUCCAAAUGCAACAAUUCAGCAUUCUAAACACCAUAUUGGUGCAGCAGACAAAUUAGCGAACAUUUCUGAUGUGCUCUUCCUUGUUGCCACUUUUUUGACAACAUUUACUGACUGGUAAAAAUAAAGAUGAAACAAAAAAUCUGCAUGCUACAGCUUAAUCUUAAAAUCUUGUCGAAAUAUUGUUAACUGACUAACAUUGUACAAACAAACUAUUUGAGAGGUGAAUUGUCAAUGCAUACAUGGACGAGAUUGAUUGUAGUCAUGUUGCUGUAUAUAUUCAAAUCGCAAAAGCAAUCUGACUUAAGUGCAUCUCCUAUUACGCUAUACUUAGGAUCUGAAGACGAGCUAUUGAUAGCCUCGUUCUAACGACCAUUCCGCUAGCCAAUCAAAGGCUUGCUUGCAACAUUUUGCAAACUUAAAAAAUACUUGAUUAUUGAUAAUUACAAUUCUUAUGUCGUAAUAUAUCAGAUAGCCGGUUAGCUCGGCUGCUAGGGCACUUGCUUACUAAGCGAGGGGUUUUGGGUUCGAGCCCUGGACUGAGUGCACAUUUUUAACCUCUGACAUUCGAUUAGGUCGUCUGAUUGGUUCAAAUAGAGACUUAUCCUAAGUUUUCUUUACACAAGGGAAACAAUCCGUUUAUAUAGUGAAAUUGUUGAUUAAACCCCGUUUCUUAAUCCUCAUACUGCCCAUGUUAUAUCAGUGCAAAGAAAAAUCACCUAUCUACGAUAAAUGCCAUGUAUGAUUACAUAGUAAUGAUUAUAAAUAUGACUGACAAGUUUAUCUAUACAGCAUGAGGCUAGACAUAAAAAUACUAAUGGAAAAUGUAUUUCAUAACCCUUUAGACCUAUCACAAAUUACGGACGGUUGCCAGCUCGAGUUUUGACUGACUUUUGACAAUUCAGCGUAGUACAUUUCAAAAUAUUCUGGAUAUUUAAGUCACAAAAGGGAGACGGGUACAAUACACUGCGUUCCCUGGUAAAAAUGUGCCUUUGAUGUUUCAUUUGUAGAAGAAAAUAGAAACAUAUAACGUGUCAGUUCCCCAGUUUCAAUCGUUGUUCGCGUAUAAGAAACAUGCAGAUCGGAAUAGGACUGGAUUACAAAACGCAGUACAACAGACAUCAAAACCAGUCUUUAUACUACGGCGUCGAAAACGAAAAAAAAUAAAAAUAAAUAAAAGCAAAAACAAAGUAAAAACAAAAAGUCGCAACGUCUUUAAUCAACAUGUGUUCUCCUUUAUUCGGUACAUGUACAUGAGUGUUUAAGCUUCAAACAUAUUUUAUCGGAUGAGACAGGUUAUGAAAUCCAUGAUAUCAAACGUUUGUAAUCUAGACUAGUAACUGACUUUUCAAACGGCAUCGUAGUUGUGAGGAUAGCGCAAAGCGGAUCAUAUUUUACGAGGACAAGAUACCGACAGCAAUAUACAGUAAAUUAAAGAUAGCAUUCCAAGGAAAUCCUCUGGCGCGGACACAGAGUAAGAUAUCUGGAUUGGGAAUAACAGGAAUAGGUAUAUGGAUACUUGUUGAUAAAAAUUCAGUUGCGAUGCAACACCUUAUCGAACUCGAGUCAGGAGAUUCAGCACUUAGUAAAUCGGCAUAUAUUCUUAUUGGAUUUGGACUACUCCUUACAUUUCUGUCUUCGAUUGUAUUUAUUGGAGGUUGCUGUUCCGAAAAACACGGAAAACGUUUAUUAAAAUUAUAUAUUGCAUUGGUGUCUAUAGUACUGUGUUUAGAAAUAGCUACCUGGAUACUAGUCACUGUCUAGUGUCUACAAAGAUAUGGUAAGAAAUGUUAUUUUUCUUCAUUAUUGAAGACUGGUGUGCUAAAAAGCAAACUUUUGUAUAGUACACAAUGAACUCUGACUAUACCGUAGUGUUUAAAUCUGUUCUUUUAAUUUCCAAUUAAAGUAUCGA